AUGUCUAACGACGAAUUGAUAGAGCAAGCAGCUCAAACACUUGUUGAAGAAGGCGUCGAUCUUAGCAAAAUACCGUCUUCUAACAAGAACAAGCAGGAAUUCCUUAGUUUGGUUAAGCAAUAUUUAAAUUCAAAUCUUAAUUCAUUACAGAAAGCUCGUAUUGAAUACUUGGUCGGAAAUAUGACAGAACUAUAUAAGAGAGAAGUUGAAAAGGAAGAAAAGGCCAAAGCUAGAGAGAUUGCCGAGGAAAAACGCAAAAAGAAGGAAAAGGAGCAUAAAAUGUUAAAUCGUAGAACUAAGAGAGGCCAACCUGUUCUUUGUGGACUUGCUCGUUUACAAUUAGAAAAAGUACAGCAAAUGAUCGAAAAUGAUAAGAAGAAAUGA